CCUGCACGACUCGGGGCGCUCUCGGAGCCCCGCGGGCCGGUCCCUGCUCUGUCCCGGUUCCCUGCACCCCUCGGCCUGCGGGACACGGCGAGGGUCCCUCCCCAGGCACCAAGCGCCAGGAAAGCCCCCGCGGGCUGGAGCAGCCGCUCCCCCAAGCACUGAGGAGACACGCGGGGUGGUCGCGCUGUCCCGGGCACGUUGCGGCCCAUGCCAAUGGCAACCGUGUGCGGGGCUCGCGGGAAUGGCCCCGCUCAGUGAGGAGGCGCGGCGGGACCUUGGCUCUGCGGCGGCGGCGGCAGCCGCGGCCCCUGAGCGAGGGAGAGCCCGGGCUGCGCCGGCCCGUCCCGGGGAGGCCCUGCCGGGACGCCGCGGCCAAGCUCUGCCCCGCGCGGUGACGUCAGCACCUCCGCCGCGUGGCGUCACGACACUGUGACGUCACCGAACGUCCCCGUCCCCGCCGGGUCCCCGCUGACCGAGCGUUCCGGCCGGGCCGGUGUUUCCGGGGAAGGACUCGCUGGCGCUUCCGGCGCGGGUGGAGGAAGUGACGGCGGGUUUGUUGACAGCGGAGGCUGCGGCGGGGGGAGCGGGCCCGAGCAGGACGCGGACCCCGGCCCGCCCCGGGGAGCCGGGACCAGCCGGGACCAGUCCCCCAUGGCGCCAGCUAUCCUGAUGGCCCCAUAAAUUCAUCCCAGGACUUCAUUUGAGGGAAGGAUCUCCUGCAUCAAACGCUUCCUUGUGCUCUUCCCCUUCCCAUAAUUUCCCUCAAGAUGGCAUCUGACAGUCCUGAGUCUCUGAUGACCUUGUGCACUGAUUACUGCCUUCGCAACCUGGAGGGGACUCUCUGCUACCUCCUGGACAACGAAACGCUGCGGCUCCACCCCGACAUCUUCCUGCCCAGCGAGAUCUGUGACAAGCUUGUCAAUGAGUACGUGGAGCUGGUGAAGACAGACAGCAUCUUUGAACCCCAUGAGAGCUUCUUCACCCUCUUCUCAGACCCACGGAGCACCAGGCUAGCUCGGAUCCACCUGCGGGAGCACAUUGUGCAGGACCAGGACCUGGAGGCCAUCAGGAAGCAGGAUCUUAUUGAGCUCUACCUGACUAACUGUGAGAAGCUGACAGCCAAGAGCCUGCAAACCUUGGUGAGCUUCAGCCACACACUGAUCUCCCUGAGCCUCUUUGGCUGCAGCAAUAUCUUCUACGAGGAGGAGAACCCCGGGGGCUGCGAGGACGACUGCCUGGUGAACCCCACUCGCCAGGUCUUGGUCAAGGACUUCACUUUUGAGGGCUUCAGCCGCCUGCGCAUCCUGAACCUGGGCCGGCUGAUCGAGGGCGUGAACGUGGAGACGCUGCUGCGGCCCCUGGCCUCCCUCGCGGCGCUCGACCUCUCUGGGAUCCAGCUCAAUGAUGUGGCUUUCCUCACCCAGUGGAAGGACAGUCUGGUUUCCUUAGUGCUUUACAACAUGGACCUUUCAGAGGAGCACAUCCAAGUGAUUGCACAGCUUCGCAAGCUCAGGCACCUGGAUAUCUCUCGAGACCACCUGUCCAGUUACUACAAGUUCAAGCUGACCCGGCGGGUUCUCAACUUGUUUGUGGAGAACCUGGUGAACCUCACUUCACUCGACAUCUCAGGGCACACCAUGCUGGAGAACUGCACUAUCCCCAGCAUGGAGGAGAAGAUGGGCCAGACAAGCAUUGAGCCAGCAAAGAGCAGCAUUGCUCCCUUCCGGGGCCUGAAACGACCACUGCAGUUCUUGGGCCUCUUUGAAACAUCCCUCUGCCGCCUGACCCAUAUUCCAGCCUACAAGGUGAGUGGAGACAAGAACGAAGAGCAAGUCCUGAAUGCCAUCGAGGCUUACACCGAGCACCGGCCGGAAAUCACCUCCCGGGCCAUCAACCUGCUUUUCGACAUUGCCCGCAUCGAGCGCUGCAGCCAGCUGCUGAGAGCCCUCCAGCUGGUGAUCACAGCCCUCAAGUGCCACAAGGAUGACAAGAACAUCCAGGUGACGGGCAGCGCCGCGCUGUUCUACCUGACCAACUCCGAGUACCGCAUGGAGCAGAGCGUGAAGCUGCGACGCCAGGUCAUCCAGGUGGUGCUCAAUGGCAUGGAGUCCUACCAGGAGGUCACAGUGCAGCGGAACUGCUGCCUGACACUGUGUAACUUCAGCAUUCCCGAGGAGCUGGAGUUCCAGUACCGCCGAGUGAACGAGCUGCUGCUCAACAUCCUCAACCAGAGCCGGCAGGACGAGUCCAUCCAGCGCAUCGCUGUGCACCUCUGCAACGCCCUGGUCUGCCAGGUGGACAACGACCACAAAGAAGCUGUGGGCAAGAUGGGGUUUGUCAUGACAAUGCUAAAGUUGAUUCAGAAGAAGUUGGCUGAUAAAACGUGUGAUCAGGUGAUGGAGUUCUCCUGGAGUGCCCUCUGGAACAUCACUGAUGAGACCCCAGAUAACUGUGAGAUGUUCCUUAACUACAGUGGCAUGAAACUGUUCUUGGAGUGCUUGAAAGAGUUCCCAGAGAAGCAGGAGCUGCACCGUAACAUGCUGGGCCUCCUGGGCAAUGUGGCAGAGGUGAAGGAGCUCCGCCCGCAGCUCAUGACCUCCCAGUUCAUCAGUGUGUUCAGCAACCUGCUGGAGAGCAAAGCUGAUGGGAUUGAGGUGUCAUAUAAUGCCUGUGGAGUGCUCUCCCAUAUCAUGUUUGAUGGUUUAGAGGCCUGGGGGAUCUGUGAGCCUCACAGAGAAGAAGUUGUGAAGAGGAUGUGGGCAGCCAUCCAGAGCUGGGAUAUCAACUCCAGGAGAAAUAUCAAUUACAGGUCAUUUGAACCAAUCCUUCGACUUCUUCCACAAGGGAUCUCCCCAGUCAGCCAGCACUGGGCCACCUGGGCACUCUAUAACCUGGUCUCUGUCUACCCUGACAAGUACUGCCCACUGCUGAUCAAAGAAGGUGGGAUCCCUCUCCUGAAGGACAUGAUUAAAAUGGCCUCAGCACGACAAGAGACCAAGGAAAUGGCCCGGAAAGUUAUAGAGCACUGCAGUAACUUUAAGGAGGAGAACAUGGACACUUCCAGAUAGAGGCACUCACCCACUGCCUCUUGCCAGCACUGUAUCCAGCUUCUCUCUAACUCACUGUACAUAGGGAGGACUCUUUCUUACCAACUCGCCCGUUGGAAGGAAACUUUAUGUGUGUGUGUGAGACCCUCAGUAGAUGAAGGUGAAUAGGGGAGGGGGGAGGGACUUUUUGCACAACAAAAUGCUUUCCUUAACUUAGUGGACUUUUUUGUUAUGAAGUUUCAGGUUGAAGUUCUGUGUGUAUGAUUUCUGUAUAAAAAGAAAACAAAAAACAAAGACAAUUACAUUAUGUAUCCUUUAACCAUUUAUUUUAGACCACACAGAGAGCCUCAAAUGACCAUGAGCUUGAACACCUAGUUGUGUGAUCACUAGUGUGACGUUUAUUUCCCACUUUUUAGAAAAUUCCCUUUUGCUGUACUGCAUGAGGUCCUGUGAUGUCUGCAAGAACACCAGUCCUGAAUCAGCACUGGCUGCUCAGUGGGGCAGUGAUGAGUUAUUUAUUUGGUUAGAGAGGUUGGGGAACACAAUACCAGACAGAUAAACCAAAAGAACUUUUUAAAAAAGAAGUUUUAGUGAGACUUAGAAAUGGAGAAACUAGGGAAGGCUUUUCAAGCUAAUUCACUCCCUUAAGGGCUUUUUAAUAGAAGACUCACAUUAAUGGAUGCAUUGCUAAUUCUGUGUGGGUCAUUUGGAAGUAAGACUUCCCCAAUAAAGUCAAGAGGUCUGUUUUGUCCCCAUUGGCAGUACAGUGGGAUCUGCCAGCCCAGCCAGCCUCAGAAGGUCAGGAAUGAUCAGCAGAACCAGUUAUACCUUCUUGGCUCGAAGGGAGCCUGUGCAACAAGGCACAAGGUUUGUUCACAAAGGGCUACACAUCUUCAUUCUAGUCCUUCCUCACUUUUUUAGUAGUGUUCUGUUUUGUAGGGAAGGGCUACAAAGCCAGAGUAUUUCCCUCUGCAUACUAUACUCUGCUAGGCCCUAGCCCUGAGCAGCUGUACCCCCUUGGGCAAGUCCCAGGAGGGGACUGGAGCUGUUCUGCCCUUCCUCAGUCUGUGUCAUCACAAGCUGUGCUCAGUAGCAUCCUAAUCGCCCUUCCCAGGAAGCUCACUGCAGCACAGCUGCUGGAAUUGGAGGUGGGGAGUCUCCAGACACCCUUUGAAGGGCAGUCCCAGGAAAUAGCACCUUUUGUUCCACCCCAACAUUUUCCCCCUACCCUCAGAGGCAGAAGGCUCUAUUGCUAUUGACUCCCAGAAGCACUUACCAGUGCAGUCCCAGUCCCAGUCUGUGAGACACAGGUGAGAGGAGAGUCCCACUGAUCUGGUCUUCCCCUGUGACACUCCAGACCUAUAAUGGUUCAAAAGAAGCUGAAGGCCAAGCUUUGCCUCACAGCCAGGCACUCAACAGCACAGCUGUCCAUAUCACAGCCCACUGCUCAACACAGUUCUUUGACAAAUCUUGCCUUAGAAGGGACUCAGAAAAGAUGUUGUGCCUGGUAGAAGGAAGAUGAGCCCAUGGCCAUGCAGGCUGGCACAUUUCAGGCCUCAGAGCACAGUAACUCGCUGCUCUCUUCCCUUGUACACUUUGCUCUCAGAUUUGAGUCGCUGCUAUGAGGCUCUGCUAAUGCUCAGAGUUCAUGUUGUCCUCGUGAGCACGUUAGAGAUGGAUCCUUGAUCCACAAACUGACACUUUAACUGACAGAACACAACUGCCUGGAGAGGUUUACUUUUACUGCCAAUACGGUGUUAUUCAUUGUCUAUUUUUUUUUUCUUUUUAACCAUACGUCAAUUUGUUUUGGUAUUGUGAGAUCUGUACUUUUUUCUUUUAAGUAUUUUUCAAACUUAUAUAUAUUUUUGUGUCACUUUUAAAUUGUUUUCAUAAGAUUGCAAAACUUGACAAAUUAUACUUUUUUUGCAGUCAUUUGAAAUGUAUUUUUCUCUUAUUCCUGUUUCCCAAGAAUUUGUGUCCCUAUGAGCUGAUAUCAAGAUCUGUUUGCUGUGUAACAUUUGCUAAUCCUUCCUUCUAUAUGCAAAACUAAAGGGGGGCUGCAAAUACAGCCUUGGUUGUUAGGGGAGUCAGGCUUUGCUCUUUAACUCCCCAUUUAGUGCUGCUGUCCUUGGGAAGUUGUUUCACAUGGCAGUAGCACCCACCACAUCUGCUUCCUUUCCAAAGCCCAUGUAGUGAAAGCUCCUGUCACUAAAAUCUUGAACCAGCUGACAAAAAGCACUCAAGAUUCUGGCCAUGUUGGCAGGGUGGGAGUAGAGCAGAAGGGGACAGAUGACAGAUGGGAAGUAUCAAAAAGCCUUGUCCCCAGAAAGCAGCUGCCACACGGGAGAGACAGUGGAGCUGGGGAACUCCCACCUCAGCUGGAGCAGAUCCCAGCCUCUCACUGCAA